AUGCCGUCGAUUUCCUUACGUCGAAAGAAGGUUCAAGCGGAGGGGCCUCAGUCAGCUGGACCGGUGCCAGCGUCAGGUGCUGGGUACCACUAUGAGAUGCUCCCCCCGGCCUCUUCACCAGCACCAGAUAGAGCUGGUGGUAGUUUUGAUCCAGGAACAGAUUCCGGGACUACAGACUCGCAAACUAGUGGUUUGACAGAACCCGCUGCUAGCGAGGGUGCGAUGGCAUUCAAUGAAAGGCCUGAUAGCAGUGGCGGCGGCCGAGGAGACCGUCGUACUACCCGAAUGGCGUCGUCAUCAUCGUUUUCAUCAUCAUCCAGUACUAGUGGAGUCCAUCAUAAACUAGCAUCAGUAUUCUCAUCAUCAUCUUCAACUUCGUCAUCGUCGAAAUCGAGUAGAAAAUCGUUUCUAAAGAGGAAUUCCAGCUCAUUGCUGCGAGCGGGUUCAUCUAGCACCAGCGGUAAAUCAGGGUUUAGAAGAAGAGAUUUGAAAGCUUCUUUAGGAAUUAAUGGCAAGAAAGAAGACCCAUCGUCACAGCCACAAUCACAAUUAGAUAUAGAAAGAGCUGAUGUCAACCGUCAACAACAGGAACAGCAGCAGCAGGCCACUUUCCUGAUCCCGAACUCGACCGGAAGUACAGGCACCAGUCCAAACUCUUAUAACAAUACUUUGUCUCAGACAUCACUCAGUCGACCUGGAAGUUCACCCAAUUUUGGGUCUACACCUGGAGCUUCGUCUUCGGUGGUGUCGCUUCUAUCAAGAGUACGGCAAUCGUUUGAGGAUUUGAGAGAUGUCACUGGGAUGGUCAUGGGUUCAAACAACAACAAUGGUAGCAGUCAUAAUGUCAAUUCAGGGGUUAGCUCGGCUCCGUUGACGUCCAUGACACGAUCUCGAGCUAGCACUUUCCAAUCAGUUCGUUCAACAGAUACCAGUACCACCGGUGUAAGAUCACCUCCAUUACUGCCUCUGAGUACCCUUCAGUCUCCUACUUUUCCGAGUAGUGAACUCCACGGUACCCAGCAGCAGUCAUCUCCACAUUCUAGAACCUCGUCGAUUGUUAUUUUGUCUCCAAGAUUAUCUGCAGCAGGGGUUUCUCCUAUCAGUCCUGUUGAGGCUAAUAGGAGCUCUAGUCGGAGUAGCAGCAGAAUAAACAGCCCUCUUGCAUCUGCAACUACAUCCGAUCUGAUGAUCCCAGCCAUUACACUUGAAAAUCCAGAGCAUCCUACCACUUCAUCGUCACCCCGUGAACAUCAACAGCUUGAAGAUUUACCCGAAAAUGCUAUCCAAAAAGUGACAUUUAACAGUCUUUAUUCGAAAAGCAUUCCAGACCUGAGUUCUACGUCCACUCUUCAGCCAGGACCAAGGGCUAUGGUAUCUGUAUCUGGCGAACCAAGCAAUAACAACUCAAUCCAACAUGCAUCAAAACCUUCAAAUUCCUCUGACAAAUCACGCUCGUAUUCAGGCUUUGGAGCGCCGAACCUUGGAGCCCCACCAUCGUUUAAAGAAAGGUUGAGGCGCAAGACCUUUUCGAUGAUCUUCCCUGAUAACGACCUCCCCUUUGGCAGCGCCAGUCCAACCGAUUCGUCGGUUGCUCAAACAUCAACAUCGUUAACACCAACCACAGCAUCAACUUCAAGUUCAAGGACUGGCUGGAGUAAUAACGCUAGCAUGGCACCACCUCCACAUACUCCUGUGUCGUCAACUUAUACAUCGGACUCACCACCGUGGCAAGCUGGAGUCUUAUCGAGUACUGAUUCAGGCGAGACUAUAGAUUUUGCAUCCUUAUCUACUAGUACCAAUUCCGAAACGCCUUCAGGAGAUACUACUCUUAAACCAAAGCGAGUUCCAUUGAUGAGAUCGCUUUCAAGUCAAGAGGUUAUCGACAAUAGCCAGAAUCAAAAUUCGCCAACUAGCAGUGACUCUGGUUUAGCCACAGUUGUUGAUAGCGAAUUUUCACCUAAAAGUCGUCCCAGAAGUAAGACAGUUGGAUCUGUCUCUAAUGAGUACAAGGCCAUGUCGGCUAGUAGUCACGGGUCUUCCAAUACAAGCAGCUUUCUUCCCCGUCCUUCGUUUGGCUCACUUUUAACCGGAAAAUUAAGAUCCGAGAGUGAGUCGAGUAUUCCAUUUAACAAAAAGUCAUCUCCUAGCCCACGUCCAUCUUUUUCAUUUAGCACAGCUGCUGAAGAACGUCUGCCUGAGCGUCAUAUUGUGGACAACGAGCUUGAAUCUCCAGAGGUAUAUCUGGUACGGUUGAAAGAAACCACUACACUUGGUACAUCAUUAGUGGCGGUGCUCUCCCAAUCCGAUCAACCGUUUCAUCGAGAAGUUUUACAGUUGUGCAUUGACAACGAAUCAUUUGCUGGCGAGCCUCUUGAUAUGGCACUCCGCAAGUUCCUGAUGCAUUUUCGUUUGCCAAAAGAAACACAGCAAAUCGAUAGAGUACUUGAAGCGUUUGCCACGACCUAUCACAAAAACAAUCCCGAUGUUUACGUCGAUCGCGAAACAACUUAUUUUGUGGUAUUCUCGCUUGUCAUCCUACAUACAGACUUUUUCAACAAGAAUAAUCGACACAAGAUGGCCAAGAAUGAAUACGUCAACAACACACGCUCUGACGAUGUCCCAGACGUAGUUCUAGAGGUAAGUGUCACAUGCGUCCCAUUGUUGGGCAAAGAUGCUUUACUACUCCCAAAACAAUACUAA